UAGAUAAUCAAAGUGUCUUUAAGAAAUUCAUAGAAAAAACAAAAGCUUAAUUCGAAUCUCGACGGAAAACAAGCUUGUCCCUCAUGGCCUCUUUGUAAAUAUGUACUGUUAAAUGCCUCUUCACAGCCCUCCCAACUCACUUCUUCCGCUUCGCCAUAGUCUAUACCCUCUCUCAAAAGUCCCCAGUUUUUUCUCUCAACUCCCAACCAAUGGCCGUUGUUACCACAACCCACCAGUACACUUGCAAAGUUCCCCCUGCAAGGAUCUUCAAGGCCUUGGUGCUCGACUCCCACAACCUCAUUCCUAAGGUUAUCCCGUCCAUCAAGAGCAUCGAACUCGUCCAGGGAGAUGGCGGUGCCGGCAGCAUUAAGCAAACCAGUUUCGCCGAUGGCAGCCACUUCAAGUACAUGAAGCACAGAGUCGACGAGGUUGACUCCGCCAACUUAUUCAGCAAGACCACUUUGAUCGAGGGCGAUGCGCUGGGCGACAAGCUCGAAUGCAUUGUUUACGAGAUCAAGAUGGAGGCUGCUGGCGCCGGAAGCGUGACCAAGAGCACCAGCCACUAUCACCCCAAGCCCGGCGUUGAGCUGAAGGAAGACGACAUCAAGUCCGGCAAGGACAAGGCCACAGGCAUCAACAAGGCUGUUGAAGACUACCUCGUCGCCAACCUGGAUCUCUACGCUUAAUUAAUUUAAGUUUGUGUUUUAAGCUGUAUUAUUAGCAUUGCGCUCUCUUAUACAAAUGUGAUUGGUGUGUAUUUGCUUGAUAGAGCUCCUCCAAGGUUUACUAAUUAAUAAAAGGCCCCUCGAUGUUUGUGGGCUGGUUUGGCUGAGAUUUUGAAGGAAAUCGAUAUAUCAACCAAUAUAUAAGUACUUUUGUUGACA